GCGCACUAGCCUUGCCGUAAAUCGACACGUUGUCGUAAUGAAAGCACGUGGUCGUAAAGUGUGGACAAGCGGUACACAUAUGAAGCAAAAUAAAAUAAUGGGUAGAUAACUUGUUCGUCUAAAUGGCGAAAGAAUGUCGAUGCCAUAAAUAAUCGUAGCUUGUUGCCAAGCGCAAAAAGAAGGCUUGGUGAUUUUGAAUGUAAGGUCAAGGCUUGCAAGGAAAAAAUAAAUUUAUAAUUUCGGUAGGACUAACUGCUAUCGGCUACGUCGUUGUCGAUCUUGUAACACCAAAAGGAUGUUUGUUGUAGUGGAGAUGGUGGACACGGUGAGGAUUACUCCGUGGCACUUUCAGCGACAGCUAAAUGAGGCCAUCGCUGAAGAGCUGAACAAAAAGUUGGCUAAUAAGGUAGUCUAUAAUGUCGGUCUGUGCAUCUGUCUGUAUGACAUCACCAAACUAGAGGAUUCGUAUAUAUUCCCAGGUGAUGGCGCUUCACACACUAAAGUGCACUUCAGGUAUGUGGUGUUCCAUCCUUUCCUGGACGAGAUCCUGGUGGGGAAGAUAAAGUACUGCAGCCAGGAGGGGGUCCACGUCAGUCUGGGAUUCUUCGAUGACAUCGUCAUUCCACCAGAGUCUCUGCAGCAGCCAGCCAAAUUUGAUGAGGCAGAACAGGUGUGGGUGUGGGAGUACGAGACUGACGAGGGGGCCCAUGACCUCUACAUGGACCAGGGUGAGGAGAUACGCUUCCGGGUCAUGGACCAAGUCUUCCUGGACACCUCCCCAACUGGUCCUGCUGUCACGGCAACCGACAACCCAGCUGCAACCGCUGCUGAGGACGCUGUCCAGAAGGAGGCUCCGUACACACUGAUAGGGUCCAUUAGUGAGCCAGGCCUGGGCCUGUUGUCCUGGUGGAACAGCUAGCGAAGAGAACAAAAUGGGAGGGAGGGAAAGCAGAGGGCAAUGGAAUGGGGGUGCACACACAAGAUGGCUGUCCUCCCAGACCUGCCUGGUUCAAAUGCCCCCCAUCGCCCCAAAAAGAACAAAAAAGCUGGGCCCCUGGACCUGUGGUCGACAGUCAACGCUUCUCUCUGACGGAGAACUAUUACAGAGCCCAUCAGUAACCGCAGCGAACAUUGGCUGAGCUUCAUCUGGGUUGGGGCGAGGAGGCUGCAACCAAUGGAAAGUAUGGCGGGGAUUUUAUGAUCCCAAAGAGUGCGGUGUCUUUGUAAAUAUCGCCGCGGUCACGUAUCGUCAUGUUGCGAUACGUGCGUAAAGGAACAUUGUUUCCAGGGAUAGGGGCUUCGUCAAGCCGCCUGUCUUUGCGUGUCCUGAAUGCUGACCUCUCAGCUCUGGCCAGAUUCAGCGACAUGGUCAGAUAAAAAAAAAUCUCUGUGGCAGGUGUGAUACUGUAGCUUUAAGAUCCGUUAUGUUUAUUGAGUUUGAGUUACGGCCUCGAGUUUUACGUUCCCAAAGCGUGGAUCAGUACGUUACUUACCGAGGUACACGGGUCACAAGGUUUCUGAUGCCGUUUCAUGUAUUUUUGUGAUUAUAACUAAUUAAAAAAAUAUUUUAUUUCC